CCAUGCGCCACAGGGCUCACAUAAAAAGCUGCUCAUUGUCUCCAGCAGCUGCUGUUUGACUCUCUGCAUCUUUACAGGCACCCAUUCACAGUUGAAGUGAGGAGCCCGACAGACCCGGAGCCAUGAAUCUCAGGGAUAAGCCGAAGUCGAAGAUUUCGGCGUCUCGCAAGCUCUCCCUCAAGAUGCUUCUCCUCCAAAGAGCCUGUGAUGACUUGGAGAAGGAGAGGCAGGAGAGGGAGGAGGAGAAAGUCCGCUACCUAGGAGAAAAGUUGCCCCCUUUGCAAAUGUCUGGACUAUCACUGGAUGAGCUACAAAAAAUGUGCAAAGAGCUUCAUUCAAAAAUUGAUAUAGUGGACGAGGAGAGAUAUGACUGUGAAUACAAAGUGGGCAAACACAACAAAGAUAUCCAUGAGCUGAAACUGAAGAUACAGGACCUCGGAGGCAAGUUCAAAAAGCCUGCCCUGAGGAAGGUGAGGGUGUCGGCAGAUGAGAUGAUGAGAGCUCUUCUUGGCUCCAAACACAAGGGCUCCAUGGACCUCAGAGCCAACCUCAAGUCCGUGAAGAAGGAGGACGUCAAACAGGACAAGGUGCUCACUACUGAAGUCGGCGACUGGCGUAAGAACGUGGAGGCCAUGUCAGGCAUGGAGGGCCGCAAGAAGAUGUUCGACACAGGCGGCGGAGCACAGUGAGACACUCUGUGAGGAGUCCUGCAUAUGAUGAAGCUGGUCAACCGAGAGCAGGGAUGAGGAAGUCGUCUAGGCAGAAAUAUGGAAUAGUUAUCUGAAGGCUAAGUGAGUUGAAAGCUGUAGGAGAUCAUGAGCAUGUCUAACCCCGAGUACAUCAGGGCCAUUUUCUGUGCAAUGACUCAAAGCACUUAAAGCAAAGUGUAGGAUGAGUAGAGACCCGUUGUUUUUUAUUACCAACAAAUUGUUUUGUUAUCAUGUCUUGAGACAAUUAAAGUGGAUAUGAAUAAAGCUACAGUCUUUGAUGUUCCAUA